CUCCCGGCUACGCGGCGGCUCCGGGGCGCGGCGGGGGCCGGUCGUGGUGCGCGGAGGGGCGGUGCCGGCCAUUGGCCCCGAGCUCGCCGCCGCUGCGGGGAAUGGAGGCGCCGGCGCUGCGGGGCUUCCCCGAGGAGCAGUUUCUGGCCGCCUGCCGGGAGCUGGACCAGCCGGCGCCGGCGGCGGGGGGGCCCUGGCAGCUCCUGGUGGAGAGCAUGGGCGUGCGGAUCUACCGGCUGUACGAUGAGCAAUCAGGACUUUAUGAAUAUAAAAUCUUUGGUGGUCUUGCUGACUGCUCCCCAAAGCUGUGUGUGGAUGUCUAUAUGGACUUGGAUUUCAGAAAGCAGUGGGAUCAGUAUGUUAAAGAACUGCAUGAGAAAACAUAUGAUGGUGAAAACGUAAUCUACUGGGAAGUGAAGUACCCUUUCCCCCUCUCAAACAGAGAUUAUGUCUAUAUCCGUGAAUGCCGAGAGAUGGAUGUUGCUGGGCGGAAGGUCUGGGUUGUGUUAGCUCGGAGUGUGUCUGUUCCUCAGUGCCCUGAGAAGCCCGGUAUUAUCAGAGUUAAAAACUACAAACAAAGCCUGGCAAUUGAAAGUGAUGGCAAGACCGGAUCAAAAGUGUAUAUGUACUAUUUUGAUAAUCCUGGUGGCAUGAUUCCAUCAUGGCUGGUGAAUUGGGCUGCCAGGAGUGGCGUGCCUGCUUUCUUGAAGGAUAUACAGAAAGCUUGCCAUAAUUAUUCUAAGAGCACGUAGGUCAAAGUUGAUCUCAGUUGCUUAAUUCCUAGAGCUCUGCACUUUCAGGAGUGGCUAUGAUGUAUUACACUGGAUAAAAUCUACCUCUAAUAUUGGAAAAAAAUUUAUUAUAGUUGGUUUAUGCCUUGAAUUUGAUUAGAUCUUUGUUUCUAUCUCCAACUGAAGAGCUAGCCACUAACAAGGUAACAGCAGCAUCAGCUGCAUCCUUUGGAAAGAACAUAAGUUGAGCCUUGUCCCUCAUGCUUUGCUUCUGCUGAUUGUCACGUGCCAGCCAGAAGAGUUCUGUUGUCUCAAAUAUUGCAUCCUUGGACAAGAGACAACGAUCUUGCAAGGAGAAACAUCUGAACUUGGACUGAAAAUUCUCUGCAUGUCUUAUGCCUGGGUCUGCCUUCAUGGCCUUGCAGGGUGGUUGCCUACUGAAAAUGGGUAAUGGAACUUGGCAUUGCUGAGGAGGAAACACUUUUGCUGAUCAAGUUUUCAAUUAGUAAACUGUGUGCUAUAAACCUAUAAAAUGCUGAGGACAUGCAGGUAAAUUACUAGAAGUCUACAUCAGGAACUGGAGCUCUACGUUAUGAUGCCUCUUUAUAGUGGCUUUAAGUCCAGAGCUAAAAGGACUUGUGCCUAAAGCCUUGCAUUCACAUCUCAGUACCCCUGUAUGCAAAGUAAAAGCCAUUAGCUGUGUCCAGCUAGGAAAAAAAGGAGGAGUUAGCUUCCACAUCUAAUUUAAUGGGAACAAGUUAUAUCUUCAGAGUCAGUACCGUAUCUAGAAAGCAGCUUGGGUACCAGUUUGAGACUGGAAGUAAUUUUAAACUGGAUGCCUGCAACUGGUUGUGACUGAACCUGAUGUGAAAUUUUGGCUUGCUUGCAUUUGAAAUUUCAUGCUGCUGUGAAGAAUGGAACUGUAAUUUUGGAUGAUGAUCCACUGAAAGCACAACAGAGCAGGAAAUUACAUUUCCAGCACCUUUGCAGGGGGCAGAGAGGUGUUGGAGUGCAUAAAAGAUGAGAGGGCCUCAAUCUCAGGGAUUUAACCUGUUCUGCAUUGUUACUGAAUCUAAUCCUGCUACUGAACAAUUCUUGUACUGGGGUAGCUCUGUCCUGUUAAAAAAGAAAUGGUUGGAGUGAUUGCCUUUAUACUUUGUGUACAUAUUCAUUUCCAAUAAAUUAUUACUCCAUCCA